AUGGCUACUUUAGAAGAAUUAGAUGCCCAAGUUUUACCAGGCGAUGAAGAAUUAGAUCAAGAUAUUUUAAAUUUAUCAGCACAAGAAUUACAAACAAGAACAAAAUUGCUGGACAAUGAAAUAAGAAUAUUUAGAUCAGAAUUGCAAAGAUUGUCCCAUGAGAGUAAUGUCAUGCAAGAAAAAAUUAAGGAUAACAAAGAAAAAAUUAAGAAUAAUAGACAGCUUCCCUAUUUAGUGGCUAAUGUCGUUGAAGUAAUGGAUAUGGAUGAAAUUGGUGAUAAAGAUAAUAGUGAAUCGACUAUACAAGGUGGUAAUGUCAAUUUAGACAAUACUGCAAAGGGUAAAGCAGCUGUAGUCAAAACAUCUUCAAGACAAACUGUGUUUCUACCAAUGGUUGGUUUGGUCGAUCCAGAUAAAUUAAAACCAAAUGAUUUAGUGGGUGUCAAUAAGGACUCUUAUUUAAUUUUAGAUACUUUACCUUCUGAAUUUGAUUCCCGUGUGAAGGCUAUGGAAGUCGAUGAAAAACCAACUGAAACAUAUUCCGAUGUUGGUGGUCUAGAUAAACAAAUCGAAGAAUUAGUGGAAGCAAUUGUAUUACCAAUGAAAAGGGCAGAUAAAUUUAAAGAUAUGGGUAUUAAAGCUCCAAAGGGUGCGCUUAUGUAUGGUCCACCAGGUACUGGUAAAACCUUAUUAGCGCGUGCUUGUGCUGCUCAAACUAAUGCCACAUUCUUGAAAUUAGCCGCUCCACAAUUAGUCCAAAUGUUUAUUGGUGAAGGUGCCAAAUUGGUACGUGAUGCGUUUGCUCUUGCAAAGGAAAAAGCCCCAACUAUUAUUUUCAUCGAUGAAUUAGAUGCUAUUGGUACAAAACGUUUUGAUUCAGAAAAAUCAGGUGACAGAGAAGUUCAAAGAACUAUGUUGGAACUAUUAAAUCAAUUGGAUGGGUUCGGUUCUGAUGAUAGAGUGAAAGUUCUUGCUGCUACAAACAGAGUAGAUGUUUUGGAUCCAGCUUUGUUAAGAUCAGGUAGAUUGGAUAGAAAAAUCGAGUUCCCUCUACCAACUGAAGAUGCAAGAGCUCAAAUCUUGCAAAUUCAUUCGAGAAAAAUGACAACAGACGAUGAUAUAAACUGGCAAGAAUUAGCAAGAUCAACUGAUGAAUUUAAUGGUGCUCAAUUAAAAGCAGUAUCGGUCGAAGCUGGUAUGAUCGCCUUGAGAAAUGGUCAAUCAUCAGUAAAGCAUGAAGAUUUUGUGGAAGCUAUUGGUGAAGUUCAAGCAAGAAAAUCAAAAUCAGUAUCAUUCUAUGCAUAA